AUUGAUGAAUGGGCUUCAUUAAGUCUGCUUCACUCUAAUAAAUUUAAAAAGUAGAAUAAUUUUACCAGUCAUUCGUCUCGUUAUAAUUUCACAAGUGUAUAUAAUUUCAAUUCACUUAUCACAUUGCUAUCACAUUUACUUACAUGACCUCAUCACGUUACUACCACGUUACCAAGACCAGCACUACUGCUAGUCGUUGGUCUCCGUAAAUCUCCAGUCAUCACAAAGCCAAGUCAUUUUACUUGUCGUCGGCCAAAAGUCAUCUCCAGCUCAGUCAUCAGUCAUGGACCCAGUCAUCAGUCUCACGCGACGCUCAUUCACGACCAACAAAAGUCUGGGCCAGAAGGUCUUCAUGUGUGUCUGCGCAGCGUGUCUUCUCGCAAGUUCAUGUGGGAAUCCCGAUGCGAAGCGCCUGUAUGACGACCUCCUCUCCAACUACAACAAACUCGUGCGUCCCGUCAUUAACGUCAGCGAUCCGGUGGUGGUCAAGAUCAAACUCAAACUUUCUCAACUCAUCGAUGUGAACCUGAAGAACCAAAUCAUGACGACCAACCUCUGGGUCGAGCAGUUCUGGGACGACUACAAGCUGCAGUGGAACCCUGAGGAGUAUGGAGGAGUUGAAAUGCUGCACGUGCCCUCCGACCACAUCUGGAGGCCUGACAUUGUGCUCUAUAACAACGCCGACGGGAACUUCGAGGUGACGCUGUCGACCAAAGCGACGCUCAACUACAAGGGCUUCGUCGAGUGGAAGCCGCCCGCCAUCUACAAGUCGAGCUGUGAGAUCGACGUCGAGUAUUUUCCUUUCGACGAACAAACUUGCGUCAUGAAGUUCGGGUCCUGGACUUACGACGGCUUUCAGGUGGACUUACGUCACAUCGACGAAGAAUCCGGGACCCCAGUCGUAAAAAUUGGCGUGGAUUUGACGGAAUUUUACGUAUCCGUUGAGUGGGACAUACUGGACGUACCGGCCGUGAGGCACGAGAAAUACUACACUUGCUGCGACGAGCCAUACUUGGACAUCACUUUCAACAUAACCAUGAGACGCAAGACUUUGUUCUACACUGUGAACCUCAUCAUCCCUUGCACCGGCAUCAGUUUCCUUACAGUUCUGGUUUUCUAUCUGCCAUCUGACUCGGGGGAAAAGGUUAGUCUAUCUAUCAGCAUCCUGCUGUCGCUCACUGUGUUCUUCCUCCUGCUCGCUGAGAUUAUCCCGCCCACCUCGCUCGUGGUGCCUCUGCUCGGCAAAUUUGUGCUCUUCACCAUGAUUCUCGACACGCUCAGCAUCUGCGUGACGGUGUUGGUGCUGAACCUGCACUUCAGGUCGCCCCAGACGCACACCAUGGCGCCGUGGGUGCGCCGCGUCUUCAUCCAUAUUCUGCCGCGGCUGCUGGUCAUGCGCAGGCCGCAGUACCAGAUGGACAGACACCGCUUGUUUUCCCGAGCGACGACGAGUCUUCUGAGAUCUUGCAACGGAGGAAACAUGGCGCAAGACACACGUAACAACCCCUACUACGCUGCAGCUGAUAACAACGACUCUACCAGCUCAUUGGCGUCAUCGCCCAGCAGAAGUACUCAGGAGCUCAGGGAUGCCAUCAGGGACGGUCUCAUCUACAUGGACCUGCAGGCAGAGCGGCAGAGGACGGGAUCCCCAGGCCUCUCGCCUCCCCCAUCGGGACUGGAAGCGAGCAUGAACGGUGGAUGUAAAAUCCACGGCCCUGCGGUGCUUGCUGACCAGCUGGGAGUCGGGGUGCCUUUGGGAUGCCCUGACCUAGGCAACAAGGGUACCAUCCCUUCAACGUACCCUCUAGGGUGUGCAGGGGGCACCCGUACUAGGUAUUGCCCUGAAGUGAUACGCGCCUUCGAAGGGGUGCGAUACAUUGCCGAGAACACGCGGCGCGAAGAGGAAAGCCUUAGGGUUAAGGAGGACUGGAAGUACGUAGCCAUGGUCCUGGACCGACUUUUUCUUUGGAUUUUCACACUCGCGGUCCUGCUCGGCACGGCAGGAAUUAUCCUUCAGGCUCCUACACUCUACGACGAUCGCCUGCCUAUCGACAUGAAAAUUUCUGAAAUAAUCGCUAUAGGUUCACGAGGUGUGCAAGGAAGAGCUGGUAAAUAGUAAAGACUCACGCUCAUAGGUAAAUAAAUUAAUUUCUUCUUAGAGGAAAUGUUCGUUAGUUUAAUGAGAACACUAAGGUGAACUCGAGCGAAUGAACUGCCAAAUUAUGAGAGCUGUGAACGCAAUCGAGCUUCUUGACUAUUUUUUUCUCUCAAAUAAGUCAUAUGUGGAAGCUUGCGAACAAAGAGUCUUUUUGUUCUUGGAACUAUUUUUUUAGAUUUUUGUAACCACUACUA